UGGCUGGGAUGCAUGAGUGUGAACCCAACAAGGAGGUGAAGAGGUUCAAAGGUGUAGGCUUUGAUGUUGAGGAGAAGCAGAGCUUUUGUGAUCAACUCAUUGUGAUGGCUCCUUUUCAUUUCUUCAUGAAAGAGUUUACAAAGACCAGAAAGGGUGGAGAUUGGAUUGAGAUUAACCGAGAAGGGUUUGAGGUGUGGAAGAAAAUGUCAGAAAAGGAGAGGCAACCAUAUGUGAAAGAAGCAGAAAGGAUUGAUGAGGCUUAUCAGAAAGCUUUGCUCAAAGAAUCAAAUGAUGGGCUAAAGGUAGAUGAUGAAGCAGAUUCUGCAAAAUCAGCUGGGAACAAUGGAAAGUUUGGUGAGGUGGUGAGAUCUACGAAGACUCAGAUAACGAGAGUUCUGAUUUUCUUGGUGAAUCUUGGGAUAAUUCUGUUAGAACUGGAUCUUGGCAUACCUACCAUCGAUAGGCCAAUGGUGCACCAGUUUACCUUGUGUAAUAGACAAAAGGUGUGUGAUUGCUGAGAACUCUAUGAAGCCUUUCUUUUUUGCUGGGAACUCUGAACUCAUAUGAAGACUAUGAAGUUGGCAUCAAGUGAAUCCUAUAUGUUGAUAUCAUUUUCUGUUUCAUUUCAAAUGUUUUCCACAGGCAAGUCCUUUGUCAUUUUGGCUAUUGUAAAGUAAUUUUAGUAGGGGUGCUAGUUAUUCUUCUCUAGAGUCGAGAAGGUUUGAUUUUGACUCACCUUGACUCUAUCAAUGGAAAAACAGUUUCGAAACUCUUGUAAAGACUCAGACUAUGAUUUUUCUUAUUACCUGUUCAUUUCGGUU